AUGACAUCUAAAAGAAACAAGAGCUGGGAAUUCUUAAAGGCCAUCAAAGCAGAGGUUUCCAUACCAUGGCUUUGUUAUGGUGACUUCAAUGAAAUCACCUGUCAAGGGGAGAAGAUCGGAGGCUGCCCCAGGCCAUAUAGACAAAUGGAAAUAUUUAGAGAUGUCCUUGAAAGCUGCUCUUUAAAAGCAAUCCAGACUAGAGGCUCUAGGUACACUUGGACAAAUAACAGAAGAGGGAGAAGUUUUACCAAAGAAAAGUUAGAUCGGGCUCUAGUAAACCUAGCUUGGAAGCAUUUGUUUAAGGAAGGUUGCUACUCUGUGGAACCUGCAGUAAAAUCAAACCAUUCUCCACUUGUUAUCUUUAUUGGGAAUAAAAGGAAUUAUGGCAGCCCACAAACAAAAUGCUUCAGGAUGGAAGCAGCAUGGUUAUUAAAUGAAGACUGUGUUCAAACCAUAAAGGAGGCUUGGGGAAAGGCUGCAAGUGGUGAGGAUCUUUCAACCACUUUGAAGAGAAUACUUCUCAAUUGCAGGUCUGCUCUAAACAUAUGGAAUUCCAAAACAAACAAAAAGAUCCCUGCAGAUAUAAAGAAAAAACUGGUAAAAGUGAAGGACCUGCAAGAAAAUGUAAGAGGGGAGCAUAUAGAUUCUGCUUCAAAACUACAAAAGGAAAUUGACCAAUCGCUAGUCGAGGAAGAUCUUAAAUGGAAACAAAGGGCAAAAUAA